CCGAACGACGGAACGGUUUCUUACUAGAAAAUUUUACUACAAUUCCGUUCUGUAAGAAAUUUCUCUACCCGUCCGGAACGGAAUGGAAACAGACGGAAUGUCGUCUCAGUCGCAAGCUAAUGUUUAAUUUAAUCGAUAUUUCGUUAUUUUAAUGCGACUAAAGCAAUAAUAUGCAUAAUUUGUGCAAUUAUCUUACUUAUAACAUUACUUUGAAUAUUCAAAAAUACUGAAUUAUAAGAGUGAGAGUGCCAUCCUAUUAGGCACAGAUCGGAAUAACAGAUCGGAGGGAUUCUAGUGUAUUCUUGAUCCUGCUGUUUCUCUCGAAACGUUAAAUUUUCUCUAUUCCGGACGGACAGGCGGGUGUUUCUGUCCGCUCAAAUUUUAAAAUACCAUUGUGUUGGAAGAAUAUCAGGAUUUUGUUUUAUUCCGACUUGUGUCAGUUUAUGUAAUGUGCAUGUAUUACGUGUGUCACCAGGACUUCGUCACCAGGACGUAAUAACAAGUCAAAAUUCUAGCGAGAUGAAUAUCAAUAAUCAAGGAAAAGGACCAGUGGAUAAUGUACGGAUCUUGUGCAGAGAUUCAAACCCAUAACUGCUUCAAAAGUUACAAUGAAUUUAUCCAUAUUCUUGUUGUCGACGAGAAGGACCGUGCUAUAAUGAGAGUAAAGUAAGUACGAGAAAGUAUGCAGAGGGAUGCACCACCAUCAGAGAAUAGUAAUGCAUCUACUUCAUACUCAGUGGACCUCAUGGAUGAAAUGUUCAUUGAUGCCGUUGAGCAAAGACCAGGUCUAUGGAAUCAAAAGUUGCCAGUUCAAAGCGAAGCCCUUUUAUACGACAAGAGUUGUGGAAUGAAGUUUUUAAUAAUCUUGGACGUAGCAUGGAUGAAAUCUCGAUGGACGUACCUGAGGGAUUGUUACUCAAAAGCUCGCAAAAAAAUGAAAGGUUAUGUGAACGUACGCAGCGGAUCAGAUGCGGAAACGGGACAUCCACAGAAAAGUACUUUCCGCUUCUAUUUAAGAAUGCAAUUUCUAGAUGAGGCUGUACAGGAAAUACCAUGCAUUGUAGCGCGCCAGACAUUUAUGAAACUGUUCGACUCAUUGCAGACGAUUAACAAAAAAAAAACAAAAAGGAAGACAGUAUGAUCUCGAUUUGCAGACUCUGCAUGACAACAUAUGCAGCAGUUGUUUGCCGAAAAUACUCCAAAAAAAGAUGCAGUGGACAGUUUUCUGGAACAGUUGGGAGAUAUCCUGUAUAGGUUGAGCUAUCUUCGAAGAAGGUGAAUACAAAUAGAGC